AGGCGAUGUAACGUAGCCAUCGUGCAUAUAAAAUCACCACGAGUGGUCUAUGCGGCAAUCAUCCCCACAUCAUUUCUGCCAUGAGUCACUAUCCCGAUGAAAAAUCUAACAAUCCGUACGCAACCUAUCUGGAGCCCCCUGUCCCGGCUCCUCAGCAGCAACAGAACCAAUACCAGGUACCUUUAGGCCCACCUCCUGCAUACACCCAGGAGGCAUCUUAUGCUCCGCGUGAUAGCACGUAUCAAGAGUACAACCCUCAGCCGCAAACAUACCAGGGGUCUCCGGGAUCAGUAUCCCACCUUCCUCCAGGAUAUCAGGGAGAUCAGGCACCACCAGCAACUGGUCAUUACGACCGAAAAGGCGGGGAAUACCCAGCAUACCAGGGGGCUUCCUCAGGAGCUAGGGAUCCAUAUGACCAUAACAGGGCAGGAUCAUCAAAUUACCCUGUAUACCAGCCAAACAACAGUCUUAGCCCAUACAAUCAGACUCCAGGCGCUGUGCCACAAGAUCGCGUACCUUCCUCAAAUGGCGAGAGUAGAGGGUUGUCCAUGGCUUCAUUCUUUGGUAGCACGGGUCCUCCGCCAAUGUGGCAACGUCAGCCGCCUCAGCAUCUGCGUUACGACCAGUUCCCUCCCCUGUGUCUCAUCUCAAACCAAACGGACCUGAGCAAAGGCUUCCCUGAGGUAGCUCCCCCAUGCCAACUAUGUGUUCACCCAUUUGUGACGCAUGAUAUCUCGGAGGAGGGUUGGAAACGAUUCCUGGCAGACAUCAAGAAAGCAGGUUCGUUAUCUGCGGGACAACGCAUCAAAUCGAAUGCCAUACCCCUUAUAACAGGCGCCAGUCUUAUUGGCGGGUUCUUCAUGACUGGAGCCAUCGAGAAACGAAUGAAAGCGAAUAAUCGCAAUGCGGCAGGAGACGUCGUUGAUAACUGGAACCAAUACUUCUUCGGACCUCGCAGAAUGGAGGCCGUUCUCUGCCAAGGGUCAGAACGCUUGAGCGGCCGUGAGGGAGCGGCCCCGCUUGGUGAUUAUAACCAACUCCGGACGGCAAAUGGCCUCCGUCGCCGAGCCUCGAGUUCCUCGUCUUCUUCUUCGUCUUCCUCGUCUUCUUCUUCAUCUUCCUCGUCUUCUUCUUCGUCUUCCUCAUCAGAUUCCGAGGAUGACAGGAGUCGCAAUAAGCAUGGAUUCGGGUCGUCUGCAUCCCACAAGUUUGAUAAAAGACAACGCCGUGCCGCAAGGAGGGAGGCUAGGACUGAGAGACGCCAGGAGAAACGCGCUCGUAAGGCAGAACGUCGCAGUGGUAAGGCCCGUAUGGAACGUUCGGAGCCUUACCAGCUUUUCAUUCAAGCUAUCUAGUGAGAUAGAUGACUCGGAGUAGAUGCGAGAUAAAUCGUCAAGGACAUUUAUUGUAUUUGAGUCCUUGUGAUCUUUGCGUGGUGUGAUCAAAACGAGUCAUUAUUACAGACCCGGAUAGUAACAAACCCUUUUUCAACGCCAUUCGUGACAAAUGAAGAAAAAUGUGGGGUGGGUGAAAGGUUUCCUAUGUGUUUGACCUUGGUGCACCAUGAGUCAGCAGCCUGACACACCGGCGGUUUCUGAGUUUUGCUUAGGGUAAGAUUUUAAUUGAAAUGAGAAUGUCAAGUUAGGCAUUCGUACUUUGAAUUGUAUCACUGGGAUAAUGGCAAAUUUCGACUGACGGAAAAAAUGACAAAGCAAAUAACCUAUUUCGACACCAAUUUGACGUGUAUUUUAUACUCGAAAUUUUUUCCUUCCGAAAAAUAUAAACUUCU